AUGCGGCCCAUCUCGCUCACGUCCUGCAUGGGUAAGGUGGCCGAACAUGUCAUUCACAACCCUGUAUCUAGGCACAUAGAAAAUGUUGAGUUAUUCCCUCACAACAUGGUCGGCUGUCGGCCGGCACUCUCCACACAGGGCGUCAGGUUACUUAUAAUGAGGCAAAUCAUUGAAGACGACACUAGAGACAGUAGGGGCAUCCUUGCUCUAGACUUGUCCAAGGCUUUUGUUAACAUCUCGCACCGGUACGUGCUAGAGGCCAUCUCGGAUCUGGGCCUGGGGCCACAAUUCCACGCGUACGUUAGCUCCUUCCUCAGGGAUCGCUAG